GGCCCCGCCCCCUAAUCCCGGAGGUCCCGUGUCCCGGCCGCGCCGCCCACGUCGGGCCGCCCCCUGGGGACCCCCGCCGCGGCGCCAUGGCCUCGGAGUCGGUGAAGGUGGUGGUGCGCUGCCGCCCCAUGAACCAGCGGGAGCGGGAGCUGAACUGCCAGCCUGUGGUGACGGUGGACUCCGCGCGCGGCCAGUGCUUCAUCCAGAACCCGGGCGCCGCCGACGAGCCGCCCAAGCAGUUCACCUUCGACGGCGCCUACUACAUGGACCACUUCACCGAGCAGAUCUACAACGAGAUCGCCUACCCGCUGGUGGAGGGUGUCACUGAGGGCUACAAUGGCACCAUCUUCGCUUACGGCCAGACGGGCAGCGGGAAGUCCUUCACCAUGCAGGGCUUGCCGGACCCAUCUUCCCAGAGAGGCAUCAUCCCCAGGGCCUUCGAGCACGUUUUCGAGAGUGUCCAGUGUGCAGAGAAUACCAAGUUCCUGGUCCGGGCCUCCUACCUGGAGAUCUACAAUGAAGAUGUCCGUGACCUUCUGGGGGCUGACACCAAGCAGAAGCUGGAGCUGAAGGAGCACCCGGAGAAGGGGGUGUAUGUGAAGGGGCUCUCCAUGCACACGGUGCACAAUGUGACCCAGUGUGAGCACAUCAUGGAGACGGGCUGGAAGAACCGCUCAGUAGGCUACACGCUGAUGAACAAGGACUCCUCCCGCUCCCACUCCAUCUUCACCAUCAGCAUCGAGAUCUACGCUGUGGACGAGCGGGGCAAGGACCAUCUCCGUGCUGGCAAGCUGAACCUGGUGGACCUGGCGGGCAGCGAGCGGCAGUCCAAGACGGGUGCCACAGGGGAGCGGCUCAAGGAGGCCACCAAGAUCAACCUGUCGCUGUCGGCCCUGGGCAACGUCAUCUCGGCCCUGGUGGACGGGCGCUGUAAACACAUCCCCUACCGGGACUCGAAGCUGACGCGGCUGCUGCAGGACUCGCUAGGUGGCAACACGAAGACACUGAUGGUGGCCUGCCUGUCACCCGCAGACAACAACUAUGACGAGACGCUCAGCACACUGCGCUAUGCCAACCGGGCCAAGAACAUCAAGAACAAGCCACGCAUCAAUGAGGACCCCAAGGAUGCCCUCCUGCGUGAGUACCAGGAGGAAAUCAAGAAGCUGAAGGCGAUCCUGGCCCAGCAGAUGAGCCCCAGCAACCUGUCAGCCCUGCUGUCCAGUCAGGCCCCCCUAAACCCUGUCCAGAUUGAGGAGAAGCUGGUGCCCCCACCUGUGAUCCAGUCUGACACAGAGGUGGAGAAGCAGCUGAUCCGGGAGGAGUACGAGGAGCGCCUGGCCCGGCUGAGGGCCGACUAUGAGGCGGAGCAGGAGUCCAGGGCCCGGCUGGAGGAGGACAUCAGCAUGCGCAACUCCUACGACGUGAAGCUGUCCACGCUGGAGGAGAACCUGCGAAAGGAGACAGAGGCUGUCCUCAAGGCAGAGGUCCUCAAGGCGCAGGGCACAUCCAGGCCCGAGUUUGCCAACAGGUCUGAGUGCUCCCCCACGUUCCACUCCGAGAUGGCCGUGACACCCGGGAUCCACUCCAUGCUGCACACCCUGCCCAGCGGGGAUGUCGCCAAGACUGAGCUUUCUCCUGGAUUCGAGAUGCUGCCUGUGGCGGAGACUUCCAAGUCUGAGGUGUCUCUGGGGUCUGAUGAGUCUUCCACGCUCGAGGAAACCUCCAUGUCCGAGGCCUGCCCAGGGCCCCAGGAGCCUUCCGACGUGGAGUUCUCCGUGCCCGAGGCGGAGGCCCAAAGCAGCUACCUCCCAGAGCCGCACCUCAGCCCGGAGGCCACAGAAGCCCUGCCGCAGGCUGGACCCGUCGAGCUGGCAGCCCUGGGUCUGUUGCCCAGCCUGCAUGACCCGUUUGCCGAGGUGGAAGCCAAGCUGGCCAGGCUCUCCUCCACAGUGGCCGGGGCCGAGGCCCUCCAGGCUGGCGCACCCAGGCUCUGCACACAGCGCCCCUCCCUGACGGAUCUGCUGGGACCUGGUGUCGUUAGGGCUGAAGCUGAGACAGCUGACUGCCUCCUGCCCAGGGCUAAAGUGCAAGAGGCCACGGGGAAUGAGAGGAAGGCUUUAAAUCUACCCACAUGUGCGGAGAGAGAAAACUGCCUCCCAGCCUCUGGACGGGAUCCCUGGGAGGUUGACCAGGACCUAGAAGUGGCCGAGGAGGUGGUGUUGGCAGCAGAACCUGGCAUAGGGGCCAAGGCUGAGGCCCAGGUGUCCUUGGAGGCUCAGCCUCAGCCCUUGCUGGCCACGACCAGCGUGAGAAGAGACAGUGUGGGCGUGGAGCUGGUGGUGCUGACUGACGACCUGCUGCCUGUCGUGGACCAGCAGCAGGUGCUUGCCCGUUUGCAGCUGUUGGAGCAGCAGGUGGUGGGGGGGGAGCAGGCCAAGAACAAGGACCUGAAGGAGAAGCACAAGCGGCGGAAGCGGUACGCGGACGAGCGCAAGAAGCAGCUGGUGGCAGCCCUGCAGAACUCCGACGAGGACGGCGGCGACCGGGUGCUGCUCACCGUCUACGACUCCAUCCAGGAGGAGGUGCGGGCCAAGAGCAAGCUGCUGGAGAAGAUGCAGAGGAAGCUGCGGGCAGCAGAGGUGGAGAUCAAAGACCUGCAGUCGGAGUUCCAGCUGGAGAAGAUCGAUUACUUGGCCACCAUCCGCCGGCAGGAGCGGGACUCCAUGCUCUUCCAGCAGCUCCUGGAGCAGGUGCAGCCCCUCAUCCGCCGGGACUGUAACUACAGCAACCUGGAGAAGAUAAGGCGCGAGGCCUGCUGGGACGAGGACAAUGGCUUCUGGAAGAUCCCCGAGCCCAUCGUCAUAAAAACCAGCCUCCCAGUAGCAGUUCCAACAGGGCCACAGAACAAAGUAGUCCGCAAAACCUCUGCAGCAGACAACGGUGAACCAGGCACGGAAGAAGACCGCUACAAGCUGAUGCUCAGUCGGAGCGACAGUGAAAACAUUGCCAGUAACUACUUCCGGUCCAAGCGAGCCAGCCAGAUCCUCAGCACGGAUCCCAUGAAGAGCCUCACGCAUCACAGCUCGCCCCCCGGCCUCAGCUCCCCACUCAGCAACACCUCUGCCAUCUCGCCCACCCAGGCCCCCGAAAUGCCCCAGCCCCGGCCCUUCCGCCUCGAGUCCCUUGACAUCCCCUUCACCAAGGCCAAGCGAAAGAAAAGCAAAAGCAGCUUUGGCAGUGAGCCUCUGUGAACGCAGCCUCCUGCGGCUGUCCUGCCCCGGGGCUUCCGUGAGACUGCCAGUCCCCCCGCCCCCCAGGGCAGCCCCAGCCAGUCCUCCUCACCCCUGUCCCUAUGGUGUCCGGAUGCCCGAGGGGGUCCUUGCCCUGGAAAGAGCCUUUCCCUUCCCUGUUACCCAACCUUGCAGAGGUGCGCUCCUGCUCUCCACGCCACGCCACGCCAGUAUUACAUCUGCUCCCCUGCCACAGCCCGCCGUGCCCACCCGGGUUAUUCUGUGCCUCGAUGGGCCCAGAAACCUCAAGGCAUUCACCAGCAGCCCCAACAGAGUGG